AUGGGUCGUGACUUUAGUUUUCGACUCUUAUAUCGAGUCGCUUUCUUUUCCUUCUGUCUGAUUUUCACCUGUUUUUAUCAUGGUGGUGGUUCAGUGUAUGACAGGCGAGAAGAUAAAACAGAACCGAACAAAUUAAAAGAUGAAUUUAAAGGUAAACCCGUGAAUGUUGACAUUUCUCUCGAACAAGACGAACGCGUCUCUAACUUGACAGAAAAUUCGAAACAAAUUGAUGGCCGCAAGGCGCGGAAGAAAACUGAUCUUUCAAAAAUGGCUAGAAAAGGUAAAUUUUGAAAAUGUGAGAAUGUUCGCACUGAUUCUUAACCAUAAUCUAUUUUUAGGAACCGCGAUGAAAACACUCCGGAGUGAUAGAAUACGGAAAAGCCCAGAACUGCAUUUUUCAAAUCCUUCGUCGCCUGAGGUAAACGCUCCAAGCAAAGAACCGACAACCAUCUCCCAUUCGAGUGAGACAAAAUGGCAAAAUAAUGGCGUCAUGAAAAACAUAUCUUCAUUGGAAAAUCAACUUUUUCACCAGAAUCACUUGACAGACACAGCCAAAAGAGAAACGUUCGCUUCACUCACAACUCAACAUCUACGGAGCAGACGUGAAAUUGAUGCGAUCUUGGAAAGUCCGACCGAAUGCGCCAAUUUUACCUUUACUAUAAAGUACGAAGAUAACUACAGAGCUUGGAACAACUUUUCAAUGAUGCACCAAAGGCGAAUGUACCGUUAUAACGAGUACAGAGUAACGGACGAUGGUCUACAAGUUUGUAACUCUUCUGACCCCCUUGUUGAACAAAGAUGGCGGGAUUUAAUUACUCUCGAAAAGAAUAUGUUAGCAUCUAAACAUUGUAAUGUAUCUGUGUACGCGUUUUACUACUCCAAUUACACAUUAUACAGAAAUUUUACUGUUUUCUUCAUACCCACUGGGCAGAGUCUCGCAAGGCAAGAUUACGGAGUAUUUUGCAAUUUGUUCGGCAAAGCUAAGUCUGUCCUGCAAUGA